GUUGGGUGCGCAAGAGUGGAUCGAGAAACGUAUCUAUUACAGUCGCGCGCGCGGCCCUAACGAAAACAGACGUGCCCAUUCAUAUAAUUGCUAAAUUCUAAAUUUAUCCGUUUCAAUACACCACAUUUACAUGUGUAGUAAAUUAAUUUCGCGCUCUGUGACGUCGGGCUCAAGUAAUCUUUGUGAAAAUGUCCGUUAAUAAAUAAAUUAUUAUAGUGUUUCAGUGUUGUGUUGAAGAAGUUUUGUUUACACUCGGAGUGUUUGAUAAAAUUGUUCAUUUAAUCUAAAUAUAAUUGUAUCGAACAUAGACGGCGGUGGUAGAGUGAAACAAGACAGUGUUGAAAGUAUUUUUUAUAAUAUGGCGUCAACACCGGAGUCUCCAACUCCUACUGACACUCCAGAAGAUACUCCCACACCCUCUCCAGGUCCUCAAAAUGUGAACAAGUUCAAUUGGUUGAAGAAAACUCACGCUUCAAGAAAUAAUCCCUUCGUGAAAGCGAGGCCGUCUCUAACAAGAGAGAGUUCGACAGCUGAACUGUUUUCCAGAGAAAAUUCCAGUCCAGAUUUAUUCCAGAGUUCCAGAUUGAAUCUCUUUGAUACAGCACCUAAACCUGAAUCUGAUUCCAAUGGAUUUAAUAAGGGAGUCUCCUUCAUCGGCUGGCACCAAAGGACCCGCCUGGAGCGGGCGCUGAUGGUGAUAGCUGCCGUACUUUUCGUAGCUGUACUUCUGACCAUCACCCUGCUGCUGACGAUGAGGGGACCCAGCUACCUGCCUGUGCCACCCUGCUACCAGCCUGAGACCAGAGAUCAAGCUGUAUGCCUUAAAGGCUCCUGUAUCUACACAGCAAGCGAGGUGAUCAGAGCUCUAGAUGAGACCCAGGAUCCUUGCGAAGACUUCUACGAAUUCGCCUGUGGUGGUUGGAUCAAGAACAACCCCAUACCUGAAGGAAAGUCCAGUUGGGGCAUCUUUAGCAAGAUCGAGCUGCAGAAUCAGUUGACCAUCAGAUAUGCUCUUGAAAAAGUGAACAUCUCAAACCCAGCUGACGCUGAAGCUAAAGCCAGGAUCUACUAUGAUGCCUGCAUAGACGCGAAUGAGACUAUUGAGAAACUAGGAGAGGCGCCAUUAUUGGCUGUUAUUAAGAAGCUGGGAGGAUGGCACAUUUUGCCAAGUACCAUGUCCAAGCAACCAUGGGACCUGCAGACAUUGGUUCAACAUGUGCAGAACACAUACAACCUGGGCGGUUUAUUCAACUGGGCAGUUACCGAAGACGACCGGAAUUCGUCUAAACAUGUCAUUGUGCUCGACCAAGGAGGUCUUAACCUGCCGACCAGAGACAACUAUCUCAACAGAACAGCUCAUAAAAAGGUCUUAGACGCAUAUUUAGAUUACAUGACGCGAAUAUGCGUUCUCUUAGGGGCCAACAGAACGGAAGCAAGAGCUCAAAUGAAUAAAGUUAUACUUUUCGAGACGGAACUGGCUAAUAUAACUACCCCAUCUGAGGACAGGAGGGACGAAGAAGGCCUAUACAAUCCUUAUACCAUUAGGCAAUGGCAAAAAGAAGUUCCUUUUAUGAACUGGACUAUGUUCUUCAAUGAUGCUUUUAAAUUGGUUAAUAGGACUAUACCAGACACGGAAAGGAUAGUAGUGUACGCGCCGGAGUAUUUCAAGAAUCUCACCAAAGUCAUUAAGAAAUACAGCAAAACUGAAGAAGAUCAAAGAACAUUAACAAGUUACAUGAUGUGGCAAGUGUCCCGUUCUCUCUCGACUUACCUCUCCAAGUCCUUCCGUGAUGCCACCAAGAUCCUGAGGAAGGCACUCUUCGGGUCAGAGGGCACUGAGGAAUCCUGGCGAUACUGUGUUACAGAUACUAAUAAUGCUGUUGGUUUCGCAGUAGGAGCCAUGUUUGUUCGCGAAGUAUUCCACGGUGAAGCAAAGACUCAAGGAGAGAUCAUGAUCAACAAUAUCCGUAAUGCCUUCAAGAGAAACCUUAAGAACCUGGACUGGAUGGAUGCGGAGACCAGAAAGGCUGCGGAGAUCAAAGCUGAUGCUAUCACUGAUAUGAUUGGUUUCCCUGAUUACAUUCUCCACAAGGAUGAACUGGACAAGCAAUACGAAGAACUAGAAGUCAAACCCAACGAGUACUUUGAGAAUAACAUCGCUUACAACGUCUUCAGCCUGAAAAACGACCUGAACAAACUAGACAAGCCUGUCAACAAGACUAAAUGGGGUAUGACACCGUCAACAGUGAACGCCUACUACACUCCCACAAAGAACCAGAUUGUGUUCCCGGCUGGUAUACUUCAACUGCCGUUUUACGAUGGAGACAACCCCAAGGGUGUCAACUAUGGAGCUAUGGGGGUUGUAAUGGGACAUGAACUGACCCAUGCUUUUGAUGAUCAGGGAAGGGAGUAUGACAGAUAUGGUAAUCUAAACCAGUGGUGGAACAACGCGACUAUAGCCAGGUUCAAGAGGCGAGCUAAAUGCUUCCAGGAACAAUAUUCCAAUUACUCGGUAGAUGGUGUCCGGUUGAAUGGGAAACAGACUCUUGGUGAGAACAUAGCUGACAACGGCGGUUUGAAGGCAUCGUUCCACGCGUAUCUGGACUACAGCAGGACUGCAAAAGUGAACCUAACGUUACCAGGAUUAAAGUACAAUGAUCGACAACUGUUCUUCAUCUCUUUUGCUCAGGUAUGGUGUUCAGCAAUGACCAAAGAAUCAACAAAGAUGCAGAUCGAAAAGGAUGACCAUACGACCGCCAAAUAUCGGGUUAUAGGACCCAUAGCUAACUUGAAGGAGUUUUCCGAAGAGUUCAACUGCCCUAUAGGGUCCAAAAUGAAUCCUAGAGAUAAGUGUGAAGUAUGGUAAAUGUCGCAAAAUGAGGUUCGUAAUGAAUAUACGUUUUGGCGGUGAAUAGAACAGGCAGGUCGCUUUUUUGAAGAUUUGGUACUAGUAUGCUUUUUUUGGAGUAUUUGGUGUGUUAUAUUGUACGGCUAAGUUACUGUUCAAAAAAGUCAUUCGAACAGUAUCAAGCCACGAAAUAUGCCUAUAAUCUUGAGCAGGAUGGCUUGAAACUAGUCGAGUUUAUUGAUACUAAUUGAUUUUAAGUGUUUAAGUUAUUAAUAGCACUUCAGAUUGAUCAUAAGACGACCCGAUAGUGUCUCAAAUUUAGACAUUUUUCGUGCCAGUAUCAAAAUUACUUACUAUUACCACGUCAACGGAUCCUGGACUCCAUGCUUCUAAGGCAAACAUCUUAGAGUAUUAAAACUAUUAUUUAUAUACAGACCUGUCUGUUAUAUUUACUUUUAAUGUAAAGUA